CGUUGUCGCUUGACGAUGACGUCAUCCAAACAAUGCCGUUUUAAACUCGCCUGGGAGAAUUAGCGCCGCCAGACAAUAAACGAACAUUUUCAACAGAAACGCUAAAGAAACGAUACUAACAACAGUCAUGUCUGUGAAUUAUGCUGCUGGACUCUCCCCGUACGCGGACAAAGGUGUUUGCGGACUCCCGGAGACGUUUGACAGUCCUGAGGAGAUCAAAGCCAAAGUGGAGACCCUCGCUCAGUUGAUCAAAGAAUCUCAGUACUUGGUUGUCCACUCUGGAGCUGGAAUCAGCACCUCCACAGGCAUCCCUGACUUCAGGGGUCCUAAGGGUGUUUGGACGUUAGAAGAAAAGGGUGAGUCACCUCACUUUGAUACCACUUUUGAAGAUGCCCGCCCCAGCUUAACUCACAUGGCCCUCCUGGGACUGCAGAGGGCCGGCUACCUCAAGUAUCUCAUCAGCCAAAAUGUGGACGGCCUGCAUGUUCGAUCAGGCUUCCCCAGAGACACGUUAUCAGAGCUUCAUGGGAACAUGUUUGUGGAGGAGUGUGAAAAAUGUGGCAGGCAGUACGUUCGAGAAAAGGUGAUCGGUGUGAUGGGGCUGAAACCGACAGGACGUUACUGCGAUGUGGUUCGAUCCAGAGGACUCAGGGCCUGCAGAGGGAAGCUGAUCAGCACUAUACUGGAUUGGGAGGAUGCUCUUCCUGACAGAGACCUGAACAAAGCAGAUGAUGCAAGCAGACGAGCAGACCUGGCGCUGACUCUGGGCACGUCAAUGCAGAUCAAACCCAGUGGAGACCUCCCGCUCCUCACCAAGCGCAAGGGAGGGAAAAUAGUUAUUGUCAACCUGCAGCCAACCAAACAUGACAAGCAUGCACACCUGCGUAUCCAUGGUUACGUGGACGAUGUGAUGAAACAGCUGAUGGAGCUGCUGGAAUUGGACAUCCCGAAAUGGGAGGGACCGACUGUCUGCGAGACGUCCACAGCCACCUCUGAGUCCACCGGAGAUAUGAAACCACCGCGAAGCGUUAAUGCAAAGGACAAGGUGAAAAAAGAGCCUAUUAAAGAGGAGAGGAAAAGAGAAGCGACUCAGCUAACAGACAAUGUCAAGGAGGAGGCAGUUUCAGUAAAGAGGGAGAGAGCUGACUCUUCAGUGGAGAUAAAUGAAGAGAAAUAGCCUCAGGUGCUUUUCCCUCGCAAUAACUUCAUAACACAAACCCGUCCAGAAACAAGGCUUACAGCUGUGGGCGACAUGUUUGAUCAGUUUCUUGGAGGACAGAGAUUCAUCUUAUCUUCUGGAACAAGGACUUUUCUAGUACUGUAGUGGUUUUCUUAAUCGCAGAUUUAUCACACUCCCCUCGCAGCCACGAGAGCCAGCAAGUCUCAUAAAUUGAUCUCCUCUCAGAAGGUUGAUUGGAUAUGUUGUUUUUGCCUAAUAAGAAAACUUGUGACUGGGAUGUCAGUGUUCCUUCUUUCACAGCAUGCGGCGUCUUUGCGUGUUAUCUGACUUGGAGAAGCAGCCUUUUACCAGACAGAAUAAUGAGAUGAGAUCUGGAGCACAUCAUUAUAAAUAACAUUUUAAUAAGGUACCUUAUUAAAAGCUUUAUUUAUAGCCAUGUGCUCCACAUCGUGUCCCUGCAGAUUCUCUAUAAAGACCCCAUGGUUCGGUAUGUCAUGAAAAAGAACAUCAAGAGAGGAUCUCCUAGUCUGAUACAGUUGGAGGGGAAUUUUAGGUUAAACCUGGUCACAAACUAAUAACACUGUAUGUUUCUAGGAAAAUAUUUUUAUCUCAGGAAAUAUCUGUUUACCCCCAAGGAAAAUGACUCGUCCCAUUUUUUGUUGUUUUUUUCUUUUCAAAUAUUAUAUACAGCAUAAUUACAUUUUGCAAUAAACACAAUGGUUUUGUGGUA